AUGUCUUCUCUAAACUCUCCAAAUAUCAUUCUCUACACGACCCAGACUCCGAAUGGGAACAAAGCAUCCAUUCUCCUGGAAGAACUGGGCAUCCCUUAUCGUGUCUACAAACACGACUUCACCGCCCGAAGUCACAAGGAGCCGUGGUAUCUGGACAUCAACCCGAAUGGCAAAAUCCCUGCCAUCACAGACGUUUUCAGGGACGGCAAGGAGAUUCAUAUCUGGGAGUCAGGCAACGUCUUGAAAUAUCUCGUCGAGCAAUAUGACCCUACCUUCAAGCUCUGGUACCCUCAUGGAACCCGAGAGAACUAUGAGCUUUUUAGUUGGCUUUUCUUCCAGGUCAGCGGCGUCGGGCCAUUCCAGGGCCAGGCCACACAUUUCCUGCGACAUGUUCCUGAGCGCAUCCCGUACGCUCUCGAUCGAUAUCACAACGAAACUAGACGCCUGUACUCUGUUCUAGAAAAGCAGCUGUCGCAGAAGACAAAAGGUUAUAUCGUGGGCGACAAAUUUACCAUUGUUGAUAUCGCCUUUUGGAGCCUGGCUGCCACAACUCCAUGGGCAGGUCUGGACUUGGAUGAGUUUCCAGCAGUCAAGGAAUGGUAUGAAAGACUCUUGCAGAGGCCGAGCAUCCGCGAGGGCAUGAAUGUACCAGAGCCACAUGGCGUAAUUGCCUUGGCUGGGGAUAAGGAUGGGGAGUUGACCAAGAAGUUUGAAGAGUUUCACCGCAAGUGGGUUAUCGACGGCAUGAAAAUUGAUGCACGGGCCGUGGAGGUUCAGAGCAAGCGCAAAUGA